AUGUUUGCUGCGAUUACCAUUUUGACUCGGCCGCUUGCUGUCUACAUAAAACGAUACCGUUUCACGGCAACAAUGGCGGAUUGGGCUCCGGUUCUCGUCGGCGUAGUCCUGUUCGUGCUUCUCUCGCCGGGACUCCUCUUCUCACUGCCCGGAAACAACCGAGCGGUAGAUUUCGGUAAUCUCAAAACCAAUGGAAAAGCCAUCGCCGUUCACACUCUCAUCUUCUUCGCCAUUUACACCAUUUUGAUCAUCGCCGUUAAUCUCCACAUCUACACCGGCUGA